AUGAGCUCAAAAGACACCUAUCAUUCUGUACAAGACCGUUACGCGAGCGUUGCAAGACAGGCUGGCCCUGGUAGCCAAAGAGCUCAUGAACAAGAGGUCGCAGCCGCGUUCGGAUACGAUCUCGAGGAUUUGCGCUCCAUUCCAGACGAUGCGAAUCUAGGCGUCAGCUGCGGGAACCCAAUCGCAACUGCAAACAUCAGAGUAGGCGAGACUGUAGUUGAUCUGGGCAGUGGUGGAGGCAUCGAUGUUUUGCUAGCUGCAAAGAAGGUUGGAGUGGAAGGGAAGGCUAUUGGUAUCGAUAGGACAAAAGACAUGCUGGAACUUGCACGGAGAAAUGCGAGAAAUGCUGGCGCCUCGAAUGCAACUUUCAUCGAGGCUUUCAUUACUUCUAUCCCCGUGCCAUCAUCCAGUGUUGAUUGCAUAAUCAGCAACUGUGUGGUGAAUCUGGUGCCAGAAACCGAGAAACCGCUUGCUUUCCAGGAGAUGUUCCGCCUGCUAAAGCCGGGGGGCAGAGUUGCAAUUAGCGACAUUCUGGCAAAGCGGGAGCUUCCAACGGAGAUCAAGAAAGACCUUUCUUUGUAUGUUGGUUGUAUCGCGGGGGCCAGUCAGGUCGCCGACUAUGAGAGAUAUCUGAAAGAAGCAGGUUUCGAAGAUAUAUUGAUAAUCAGCACCAAAAGCGAUUUGAACAUUUACAAGGAAGCGAGCAAAGGUGAAAAUGCCAACGGGUCGGGCCCUGCCAGCUCAUGUUGUGAUGCAACAAAAUCCAGCACAGCCGAAGGGGUGAAGACAGGUUCGGAUGUGGAUUUCAACCUCUGGACUGGCUCUUUCAAGAUCCUCGCAGUCAAGCCCGAUGUCCACGACUGA